AUGAUGACUUUCUGUUUCACUGGUAUUCGAAGCCUUCCUAAGUUUUGGAAGAGCAACCCAUACCUUAGCGUAGGCCCAGGACACUCUUAUUUCUCUCUCUUUCUCAAAGACUAUUGUGGCAUCAGGAACCAACAGAAGUGGUUUUCUCUUAAAACGGUGUCUCCACAAAAUACUAAAGCAGUGAAUCUUCUGAUUGCCAAGGCCAGAUAUCUCAGGAAAGGAGAUGAAGGCAGUAAUCAAGUUUCUUCUGAUUCCCAUCUUUUUGCUGCUGGAGCAGCUAAGAAGAGAUCACAGAUGAAUACUCAUAGGGAAGAUCAUGGCUUGCCACCUGUGAGGAACACUAUGCAACUUCCAACAAGACCUCUGAAUUCAGAAGAGUGGGAUAAAUUGAAGGAAGAUUUCAAAGGAAAGGCUAAUUUUGAAAGUUGGAUCAUUUCACAAAUGGCUCACUGCCAUAGCUCUAUAGAUGUGGCCAAAUCUCUGUUAGCCUGGGUAGCUGCAAAAAACAAUGGUAUUGUAGGCUAUGAUUUGCUGGUCAAGUAUUUGUAUCUCUGCGUCUUUCAUAAACAUAUAUCAGAAGUUAUUGAUGUCUAUGAAAUCAUGAAAGCCAGAUACAAGAGGUUAGAACCUGGAGGAUAUACUCUUCUCAUCCAAGGAUUAAUCCACUCAGACAGAUGGAAAGAGGCCUUGCUGCUGUUAGAGGAUAUCAAAAAAGUCAUGAUUCCUUCAAAAAAGAACUACAAUGAUUGUAUCGAGGGAGCCCUCCUUCACCAAGAUGUAAACCUAGCGUGGAAUUUGUAUCAGGAAUUGUUGGGUCAUAAUCUUAUUCCUAUGUUGAAAACUUUAAAAGCAUUCUUUGAUUUUGGAAAAAACAUAAAAGAUGAUCAGUAUUCAAACAAGCUAUUUGACAUUCUUUUGUAUCUAAGAAAUAAUCAUCUAUAUCCUGGGGAAUCAUUUGCACACAGUAUAAAAACAUGGUUUGAGAGUGUUCCUGGGGAACAAUGGAAAGGACAGUUCACAACAAUCCAGGGAAGUGGUCAGUGUUCGGGCUGUGGAAAAACCAUAGAGUCUCUUCACCUGAGUCCAGAAGAGUAUGAAUUUCUCAAGGAAAAAAUCAUGAGGGAUGUGAUAGAUGGAGGUGAUCAAUACAAAAAGACAACCCCUCAGGAACUUGAGAGAUUUCAGAACUUUGUAAAAUGCUGUCCUCCUUUUGAUAUCGUCAUCGAUGGGCUCAAUGUUGCCAAAACAUUUCCUAAAGCUCGUGAAUCUCAAGUUCUCUUGCAUGUGGUCUCUCAACUAGCCAAGCAGAAUCUGCAGCUGCUGGUCUUGGGCCGAAAGCACAUGCUAACACAGCACUCCAGGUGGAGAAAGGAUGAGAUGAAAGAGGUGCAGAAGCAAGCCAGCUGCUUCUUUGCUGACAACAUCUCGGCAGACGACCCAUUCCUUCUGUAUGCCACGCUGCACUCGGGGAACCACUGCAAGUUUAUCACAAAAGAUCUGAUGCGGGACCACAAGGCCUGUCUACAUGAUGCCAAGACCCAGCGCCUCUUCUUUAAGUGGCAGCAGGGCCAUCAGCUAGCAAUCAUUAAUAGGCUUCCAGGAUCAAAAAUAACCUUUCAGCAUAUCCCCAGUUAUGACACAGUGGUGCAAACAACUGGAGACUCAUGGCACAUACCAUAUGAUGAAGACUUGUUGGAAAGAUAUUCCUAUGAAGUGCCAACCAAAUGGCUGUGCCUUCACCGAAAGACAUAA